AUGAAAGGCAGCAGAUGCAACUUUUUGGCCCUCACCUUGGCCUUGUUGCCCUUCUGCUGCCUCGGAGAGGGUGUGUUCGAUAACUUUAGGCUGCUCAUCCAGCGCCCAAAUUCUGCUGGCGUGUUCUCUGGCGACUUCAACGGGGGCAAGACAGAGGCGGAUCCGCUCACAGCGUUGCAGAGGACUUUCGCUGGCUCAAUAGUCCCCUUAGAGGUCUUCCAAGUGAACACGUCCCUGCUCAGCCCGCAGGCACUGUGCGAAUUUCUUAUAAAAUUUAAUCCAGAAAUCACCAUCUGUGAGCCGGACCAGAAGGUGAAGGUAGAAGCCCCCAGCGCGACACCCAACGACCCGCUCUACGCGCAGCAAUGGAACAUGAAAGCCAUCGGCGUGGACAAGGCCUGGGCCAAGGGUCAAUUGGGGGACCCCCAACGAAGGGUCAGCACCUCUCAGGUGAGGGUGUGCAUGGUGGAUACUGGCAUAGACAUAACACACCCAGACCUGGUCAACAACCUGUGGAUCAACCCUGUGGAGAUGGCAGGCCCGGGCGCCACAGCUGCCAACGGUUACCAGAACGGCAUUGACGACGAUGGGAACGGCAUCAUAGAUGACAUCCAUGGCGCGGACUUUGUGAAUGGGGGGAAGGACGGGAACAUUCAAGACCAGAAUGGGCACGGCACCUUUGUGGCGGGCGUUGUGGGAGCCAUGACCAACAAUGGGCUGGGGGUGGCGGGGAUCAACCAGUAUGCGAGCCUGGUGGGGUGCCGGUUCAUGGAUGCGACUGGGAACGGGUGGGUGUCGGACGCAAUCCGGUGCUUUGAGUACUGCCUGUCCAAAGACACGCAGGUGCUGUCCAACUCCUGGGGCGGCGUCGACUACUCCAAAUCCCUGCAGGCUGCGCUGGACCACCUGUCGGCGAGGGGGGCGCUGGUGGUGGCGUCGGCGGGGAACGAGGGAGUUAACACGGACACAACGCCGCACUACCCCUCCUCGCUGCCCGAUGACAUCAUCAUGGCAGUCGGCGCAGCCACCCGCCAAAACGCCCUCUGGGCGCGCAGCAACUACGGUACGCAGACGGUGCACAUAAUGGCGCCGGGCGUGAAUGUGCUGUCCACUGGGCUGGGGGGCCUCUAUGUGCAGCUCACCGGCACAUCCAUGGCCACCCCCCACGUCGCCGGCACCGCCGCCCUGCUCCUCGCGCAGUACCUCAAGAACGGCUGGGAAGUGACCACCAAGGCGCCCAACAAGGGACUGGCCUCACAGCUCAAGAAGAUCAUCAUGCAGUCCGCCAAAAAGGUCAACGGGGCGUCCAUAAAGAGUGGCCUGCUUGACACGGCGGCAGCCUUAGCGCUGGUGCCACUCAAGCCCACGACAGAGAGCAUCGGCGCAUUCAGCUCUGAUUUUGCCAGACCAGAAGGGAACGUCACAUCAGACGGCGGCGCCGCGAAUACUACUGUUGUGGCUCUGGCCCCUGCCGUGGACUGGUCUGCCACAUUUGACCCCAACCAGCCGGGCGCUGCAGCCAGCUCCGGCGGCUCUAGUGGUAGCGAUGCGGCUUCGCCCAGCAGCGCAAACUCGUGGCUGCCUAACUUCCCUUCCGACCUCUUCUACCCCUCGCCACCCACGCCGCCGGCAUCGGAGACCUCCUCUCCGAUCAAUGUCAACGGCAGCAGCACAACGGCCCACCCCUGGGACCUACCCUCCAACCGGCCGCUCAUGCCGGGCGACUCGCUGGCCUCCAUCGAGAAGCGAGUCGCGGCGGCCGCUAGCGGCUCUGCCGCUUCGGCCGAGGCUGCCGCGCCGCCGCAGACGUUCCUCGACAAGAUUUUCGGCCGGCGGCUGCUCGCCGGGGCCGCUUUGCAGCCCGAUCACGCCGCCGCGCCGGCCGCAUGACUGCUCGCAUCGUGCGCAGGAAGAUGCCCGUGUUUGCGCGCUCGUCUAGAGCCGGCCCCACUUGCCACCGGUGGAAAGAAGCAAUUUUCCAGGCUGCCACGUGAUGUAAGCAGCAGCAGCGGCUGCAUCCCGGCGCGCAAUGCACUGCGUGGGGCACAUGAACGCAUCUGCUGUCGCUCACGGGUAUCCAUUUUUUUCCUAUUGCAACAAGAACACAGCAGCGACGGAGUGGUCGGGGAGCCCUGACCUUGCCAGAGGCAAGAUCAGAGGCCCCCAUGAGGGGUGCAAUUUGCACAGGGCCCGGCGAUUGAGGGGGGUGGGUGGGCAAAAUAUCGACAGCUUAUAUUUUUUCUUCUUUUGUGCAAACCAACGCUUCAGUUGCCGGUUGCUGUUUGAGCCGGGUGCUCUCAUAGCUCUGUUCAGUGCAUGCACGGAUUCUGAGGUGAGCAUUCAGAUUGUGUUGUGUAGAUUUCCAGACCCAGUGUUGCACAUGAUAAUGUGCCCCAUCACGUGUAGGAUAGGAGCCAACCCCUUACAACAGCGCCUUGCUUGGUCCUGGCUUCUCUUAAGCUUAGGAUGAGACAAGGCAAUCAUGAGUGUAUGUGCAUAGAACUUGUGUCAUUAGCUGCUUUUGGACUCAACCUUUCU